AUGACGCAUUCCCCUCGCCUCCGCUCCAGCACAAGCAGAACCAAGGCCGCUGCUCUCGUCCAUCUGCGACUCGCUUGUCGCGGCCAAGGUUCCCUUUCGCGUGCUAGUAAUCCUAUUCAUCUCCAAUCUCUGAAUUCCACACGGCGCUUCCUUCACCAUGAACCGCGCCUUUUCCAUCCGCUCCGGCAACUCCAACCCGAGCUGUCCAAGAAGCUCUUCCGCCUCAUCAAGUCGGAGAACAACCUGAUCAACGCGCACGAGGCCGCCGGCCGCGAGCGCAUCUCCAUUGCCACCCAGCUCUCCGAGUGGGGCGAGCACACCGGCGACGAGGCCAUCAACGACGUCUCGGACAAGGUCGGCGUCAUCCUGAGCGAGAUUGGCGAGCAGGAGGACACGUACGCCCACGCCAUCGACGAGUCGCGCGGCUACCUCAAGGCCAUCCGUAACACGGAGAAGAGCGUGCAGCCCAGCCGCGACGGCAAGGCCAAGAUUGCCGACGAGAUUCAGCGUCUGAAGCUCAAGGAGCCCGAGAGCGCCAAGCUGGUUGUUCUCGAGCAGGAGCUCGUCCGCGCCGAGGCCGAGAACCUUGUCGCCGAGGCGCAGCUUACCAACAUUACUCGCCAGAAGCUCAAGGAAGCCUACGAGGCCGAGUUUGCCGCCACCAUUGAGCGCGCCGAGAAGCAGAUUAUUCUGGCCAAGCACGGCCGCCGCCUGCUCCAGCUUCUCGACGACACCCCUGUUGUGCCCGGCGACGCCAAGCCCGAGUACAACCACGCCAGCCAGGCCCGCCAGGUUCUCAAUGACGCCGAGGACGACCUCCGCGACUGGCAGCCCGAGAAUGAUAACUACAACACUCAGGCUAACCAGGAUGCGCACGGCACGCACGGCACGCACGGCACGCAGGGUAGCAGUGUGGCCGACGAGAGCACCGUGGGCGCUGUCGGGGCCAAGGAACCCGAGCUCGAGGUCAAGCACGAGGACGUGGUCGGGGAGAAGGCCACCGCCGCGUAG